GUCAUGUUGGGUUCAUUUGCUUGUGCUUAAUAUUUAUGAUUUUUCCCGCUAUUGUUUUGCUGUUGUACUGUUACAUGUUUUUCGAUUUGUAUUGGUGAUAUCAAGAGACUCUGCCCUUUACUUUUGCUUUUUGGGUGGGAAUAUAAGUGAAUUGAUAACAAAAAUGGUAAUCUGGCCUAUUUUGGUAAUGUAAUGCCCUGAUAGUUAUCCAUUCAUACGCCUUUCCGCUAAUGAUUGAUAUUUGGAAUAGUACAAUGCAUCUUGUCUGUUAAAAAUAUUAAGGAAAAUGUAACGUUCGACCUUGACUCGAUUGUUGACAAUCGCACGUGAGAAAAUCGGAACACGUGCUUUUGGCUUUUUAGGCCCCUUUUUAUUUGCAACCUUUCCCAUUUUCCUAUAGUCUCCUUAUAACAAACCUAGGUUGAAAAAUAUUUCAAGCAAAGUGGAAGGAGGAAGAGUCCUUUCACAGUUUUUUUUUUCCGGCAAAAAAGUCUGUUGGUUAUAUGGCACCUAAGAGAAAAGAAAGUCCACCUGAACAAAUCGGACCAAUUCCGACUGGAUGGAGUGUUAAGACAGAAAUUAAAAGGGAUGGUUCGAAAGUAACGGUGUAUUAUUGUCCUGAUUCUGGGCAGAAUUUUCUUACAUAUGCUAACCUCAUACGCUAUGUGGAAUAUGCUAAGAGACGAAGGUUUGGCAUCUAUUCACCGUCUUUUAAAGCAGUUAGAAAAACGGAAAAUGAUGCAAAGAAGAAAAGCACUGUCAGUACUAUUCCUAGGAAGACAUCAGCUGUCUUGUCACUUCGUGGGAAACCUGUCCCUGCUGACCAGAAUAAUGAUUCUAAAUCAUCCGGGUCCGAUGGAAACAAAGACGAGGAUUAUGUGCCCAAGCGAGAUGCUGGUGUCCCUGCUCGCUUGGGAAUUGAUAUAGCGGGUAAAGUCCUGAUAGCAAAAAAUAAAAAACGUGUUGACUAAUUAAUCAUCCUUUUCUGUUAAGUGUUUAUCAUUAUGUCUCUUUACUCAUGAUAAACCAUCCUGUUGCCAGUGGGCUUUAUUUCAUAAUAUACUGUUAUUUCCAUGUUUUUGCUUUCAAAUUAUUAAUAAGGUCUUGACAGUGGUUAUAUUAUUACAUCUAUACAUUCAGAAUGAUUUUGUUGGUACUUUCUUGGGAA